AGCUGUCGGAGGGGGGAGGAGGGAGGGAGGAAAAAGAGGAGGAGGCGGAGGAGAACUGAGCUGAGCAGAGCAUCGAGCCAAAGGGGAGAUGAGUUUGUCUGUCCUCGGCUGAGGCUCCGGCCGGGCCUAGGGAAGUGGGAGCACGGGUUGGAGCGACACCCGUGGAAGUGGGAGGAGGAGGAGGCUCUGGGACUUUAACCCCUUGUGGGCUCUGCGGCAGGGGAUUUAACCCUUUGUGGAUCCGGCCCCUCGGAGUCAGCGUCAUCGGGUAGUUUUAACCCCUUCGGGGCUGGGUUUAGCCCGUUGGAUUUAACCUAAUCUCCUUGCCCACCAACUCCUUGAUCGCGGGGGCGCUCUGCGGGGAGGCUUGAGGCCCACCCCCCCCUGCACAACACCUACUGUUCCUGCUGCUGCACCCCCUUGGACCCGCUAGCCGGCCGCGCUGUGGGCCCUUAACCCUUUACUGACUUGAGCGCCCCCAAAUUGCAACUGGAGUUUGCUGACAGAAGGACUGGCUGAAGGCAUCACUGCAGGAAUUACAGACCGAAGAGGACUGUGCUGGACAUUUUUGAAAGAAAAGAAAACCCUUUUUUCCUUAAGGACUUACAGCCAAAAUUCUUCAAACUCCGAGAAGAGGAUUCUAUUAGCAAUGGCCGAGCCACUCUUGUCAGAGUAUCAGCACCAGCCUCAAACUAGCAACUGUACAGGUGCUGCUGCUGUCCAUGAAGAGCCGAACUCUGAUCGCCCCCCAGGCGCGGAGGAGCGGGUGCCCGAGGAGGACAGUAGGUGGCAAUCGAGAGCGUCCCCCCAGUCGGGUGGCUCUCCGGGGCUGGGCGGGGAAGGGAGCCUGGAGCUCCAGCCGCCUCCCGUGCAGACCCAGGUCUGCCCAGAAUCCAGCUGUCCGGAAGCGGGUGAGAAGGGCCAGAAUGGGGACGACUUGUCCGCUGGCGGUUCCCCCCAGCCGGCGGCGGGAGGGGAACAGAGGCCGAAGGCCAACAAGUUGGGAGCUUCUACCGCAGGGGGCGAGGAGGCGUGGGGACAGCAGCAGAGACAGCUGGGCAAGAAAAAACAUAGGAGACGCCCCUCGAAGAAGAAGCGUCAUUGGAAACCGUACUACACGCUGACCUGGGAGGAGAAGAAAAAGUUCGAUGAGAAACAGAGCCUGCGAGCUUCGAGGAUUCGAGCCGAGAUGUUCGCCAAGGGCCAGCCAGUGGCUCCCUAUAACACCACGCAGUUCCUCAUGGAUGAUCACGACCAGGAGGAGCCGGAUCUUAAAACCGGCCUCUAUCCCAAACGGGCCGCUGCCAAAUCUGACGACACCAGCGAUGAGGACUUUAUGGAAGAAGCGGGCGAGGAGGAUGGGGGCAGCGACGGGAUGGGAGGAGACGGCAGCGAGUUUCUGCAGCGGGACUUUUCGGAGACCUACGAGCGGUACCACGCGGAGAGCCUGCAGAACAUGAGCAAGCAGGAGCUCAUCAAAGAGUACCUGGAGCUGGAGAAGUGCCUCUCGCGUAUGGAGGACGAGAAUAACCGGCUGCGGCUGGAAAGCAAGCGGCUGGGCGGCGACGACGCGCGGGUCCGGGAGCUGGAGCUGGAGCUAGACCGGCUGCGCGCCGAGAACCUCCAGCUGCUGACGGAGAACGAACUGCACCGGCAGCAGGAGCGAGCACCGCUGGCCAAGUUUGGAGACUAGACUGAAACUUUUGGGGGGGGAGGGGGGCAAAGGGGACUUUUUACAGUGACGGAAUGUAACAUUAUAUACAUGUGUAUAUAAGACAGUGGACCUUUUUAUGACACAUAAUCAGAAAAGAAAUCCCCCCUGGCUUUGGUUGGUUUGGUAAAUUUAGCUAUGAUGUAGCUUGUGUGCUUUCUCCUGUUCUUUAAUUAUGUGAAACUGAAGGGUUGCUUUUCUUGUUUUCCUUUUUAGGAGUUUUUUUCUUUUUUAAUGUGUAAUUUGACCAAGUUAUAAAGCAUUUUUCUGUUAAAAAUCCCCUCCUUAAAUGGAGCUAUAAGGUGGCCAAAUCUGAGAACCAUUCAAUUCAUUCUAGUUAUAAUAAAUUUAAUAUUUGUACAUGUAAUGUAGCUUCAGUGUGAUUUCUAGAGCUAAUUCAGAAUAGUACUGACUUAUGUGAUUGCGUUUUUGGGGGGGUAAAGGAAUCAUCUAAUUUGUCCAUUUUCAAAAAACAAUCUUUAAUGGGAGAAUUUUCAAUUUGCCCAGUUUUCCCUUGAAUGGGUUUUAGUGUGCUACAAUAUACAGUUCCGGCAAAAUAUAAAGAUUUAAUUAUCUUCAGUA